AUGCUGAAACUUCUCGCUCUUGCGGCAGUUAUCGGUAUCACCAGCGCGGCGCUCGGUGAUGGGUGCAACAAGUGCAAGGUCGACCACAUUAAUAUGGACCACGAUCAACUGCGAUUCAAAACGCUGUUGCACGAAGCGGACGGCUGCGUCCGGGGAGUUCCGACGUGUUUCUCGGGUGAUUGGAUUAUGUACAACAACAAAGAGUGGGUGAAGGGCGACCUGACGCUCUUUUGCCAGAACAAUCAAUGGUUCCACAAAACGACCAAGGUCACAAAGCUCGCCUGCCGCGACUAUCCGAAGAAA